GUUUCUCAGCCUGCUUCCCUGAGGGGUACAGCUCUAGGAAGAAAGAGAAGUUGGCCAUGGCAUGGCUGUCCCUUUCGUUAUAGUGUUGAGGUGGCUUGGAGCUUUUGCCCUGAUUUUCAGUUAAUGGAAAUGGCUUAGCAUAUGCUCUGUCCCUUGCCCUCUUGGGUCUCUGAAAUGGGAGCCAGUUCUGGAAUCCAGCCCAUGGAAGGGGUGGUUCCCAUUGUAGCCCAGCCCCUUCCUGGUCCAGGGCAUCAAAUACCUGAGUGCUUUGAAAUCAGCUAUUGUAGGUCCAAGACUGCAGUUCAUCUUGAGCCAUCUUAGGCCCUCAGUCUGGACUGAAUCUCACUGACUCGGGACAUUUUAUUCACAGCCCAGGUUUUCUGCUUUGUCAUGGGUUGGCCCUGGGCCCCACUGACAGCAGUUUGGGCACUCGGGAUCAUGGGGGCCACAGCGCUGCGCAUUGGAGCCUUCAAUGUUCAGAGCUUUGGAGACAACAAAGUGUCAGAUCCAGACUGUGGCAGUGUCAUAGCACAGAUCCUGGCCGGCUAUGAUAUCGCCCUGGUGCAAGAGGUGCGAGACCCUGACCUAAGUGCGGUGUCCUUGCUCAUGGAGCAAAUUAACAGAGUGUCCAAGCACGAGUACGGCUUUGUGAGCAGCAAGCCACUUGGACGUGACCAGUACAAGGAAAUGUACCUGUUUGUCUACAGGAAAGAUGUUGUGUCAGUGGUGAGCACGUACCAGUAUCCAGACCCAGGGGACGCUUUCAGCCGGGAGCCUUUUGUGGUCAAGUUCUCAGUUCCUAGCUGUGCUGCCAAGGAGCUAGUGCUGAUCCCCCUCCAUGCAGCACCACACCAGGCGGUGGCAGAGAUCGAUGCGCUAUAUGAUGUGUACCUUGAUGUCAUUGACAAGUGGAACACCGAUGACAUGCUGUUUCUGGGUGACUUUAAUGCUGACUGCAAGUACGUGAAGGCACAUGACUGGCCAUCGAUCCGCCUUCGAAGCAGUGAGGUGUUUAAAUGGCUCAUCCCAGACAGUGCAGACACCACAGUGGGCAACUCAGACUGUGCCUAUGACCGGAUUGUCGUGAGUGGCGCCCAUCUGCGCAGGAGCCUGAAGCCCCAGUCAGCCUCAGUUCACAACUUUCAGGAGGAAUUUGACCUAGAUCAGACCCAGGCUCUUGCCAUCAGCGACCAUUUUCCUGUGGAAGUGACUUUGAAGCCUCACUGACAGCCAAGGCCUCAGGAUAUGCCACCUGCAAACUAUUACCACAGGACUGGCACCACAGUGACUCAUUCAGGUGGCAGGCCACCCACCCACUGAAGAUACAGGGUAGGACCAGCUGGCAUGGACAAUGGCUGUAAACACAUUACAGGAUUCCUUAAAGCUUCCAUUUCCUCAUCUGCAAGGGGAACUAACAUCACCUACCUCAUCGGGCUGCUGGGAGGAGAACUAAGCAGCGUCAAGCACAUAGCUGCAUGCUUAAUAAACAAGCCGCUCUUGGCCAGGACUCCCUACGGGUCAGCUGGGGCCUCUGUGCUUUCUGAGACCUCUGUACCGAGGCUGCAGAGCCUGGUCUUACUGUCCAGUAGGUCUGUUUCUGUUGUUGUUCACUCCCCGGCCUGGAGGACACUGGUUCCUCCACACCAUGCCAGCUCUCUAUCCGCCUUUGUGCAGACUUGAAAUGCUUGCACGAAUCAUCACCCAGUGGCAGCUCAGGUGAUAAUGUCUUUCUGGACCCUGCUGGAUUGGAGAGCAGGCCCCUGACCAUUCUGCCCCAGGGAUCCUAAGGCCUCACAUAGCGCUGCCGGUGAUGAUGGUGGCAGCGAUGACAGCUACACCUACCCCGUUAGUGAGCUCUUCUGGCACUGUCUGAAAAGGAGCCUACAGCAAAGGCAAGUGCUGGGCACUGAGUCCUGCCCAGCCUGCCCUCUGCUUAGGCCAAGAUGUUCAAAGGUGCCUCAUGGAGUAGCUUUAGAACCUUGAGCUGGGCGAGGCCUUGGGAGGGUGGAGAUUUUAUGCUCAGGUGGGCCAUCACUUUAGGAGCAGGAAAUAGCUCUGUAGACACAAGGCUCUCAUAAGGCUUCUUGUUAAAACUUGUCAUCUCUGAGUGUGUGUGUGUGUGUGUGUGUGUGUGUGCGCACGUGUGUACUAUGGAGGCCCAAGGUCAAUAAAACCUCUUUAGUGAGAUUGCAGAAAAGGUAUGGAUUACAUGGGAAAACAAACUUGCCGAUGGAUUAGAAAAGUUUAGUCAUUUGUUUUGACAUUUCUGGGAACUGAAUCAAGGAUUUAGUGCAAGCCUAUCUGGAUUUUGCAAAAUCUAAGAUCAGAUUCAGGACCUUACCACUGAAUAAGCAGCACUGGGCUGAGGCACAAAGGUGCUUGCAGUUGCAGCCAUAGGCCCCAUGCUUCGAGGAACAGCUUUUCUGCAUGCACACAUACACUUGGAUAAGCCAGAGGCCCAGCAAGUCUCUACCUUGUUUCGAGAGGAGGUGUCUCAAUGGCACUCUCUGGCUGGCCAGAGCCUCAGGGACCCGCCUGUUUCCGCCUCCCCAGCACUGGGAUCAAGUGCACCCACCAUGCCAGGCUUUGUUUCAAGCUCUCACCAUAGCAUGGGAAGCACUGAAAUGACAGACCUACUCCCCCCCCCCCACACACACACACACUGUAUAUGGGUAUUUUGAAUGUAUGUGUGUAUGCACCACAUGCUUCAUAUGAAGUGCUUCUGGAGGCCAGAGGGCCAUUGGAUACCUUGGAACUGCAGUUACCAUGUGGGUGCUGGGAUUCGAACCUGAAUCCUCUACAACGGCAGCUAGUGCUCUUAUUAACCACUGACCUUCUUCUCAAUUCCUGAAACAGGCUAGGGAGCUAAGAGAGUUUGAAAAAUACCUUGUUUAUAAUCUUUGGGACCAGUGGGUCCCGAGAAGGCACAUGUAACUAAGCACCCGUGUGGCAGCCGUAGGUUAGCCCUUCUUUUGCUUGAGCUUUUCCAAGUACACGUGCAGGGACUUCUGGAUGGAGUCUCUGGAGAUGAAGCUGGCGA